CAAAAUGGCACGAGAGAGAAAGAAGAUGGAAAACCCGCUGAUGCAAACCACGCAGAAGAUGAACAGUGGACGGAUCACGAAAAAGAGCAGGAUGAAGUUGGAGGCGAGGACGAGGAUGAAGAGGACAUCCCCCUGUCAGAUCUUUCAGAGGAAGACACCACCGAUGUAAUACCACACCAACGCCUCACGAUCAACAAUUCCGCAGCCAUCCUCUCUUCCCUUAAGCGCAUCUUGUUUAUCACGCCUCAAACCCCUUUCUCAGAACAUAACACACUCAUAUCAACAGAGCCCAUCGAUGUCCCAGACCCCAAUGAUGACCUUACACGUGAAUUGGCUUUCUACAAGGCUUGCGUUUCCGCCGCGAAAUCCGCGAGAGAUCAAUUGAAGAAGGAAGGGGUACCUUUUUCACGACCGACAGAUUAUUUUGCCGAAAUGGUCAAGUCCGAUGAGCAUAUGGACAGGGUGAAAAAGAAAUUAUACGACGAAGCGGCGGCGAAGAAGGCAAGCGCAGAAGCUAAAAGACAGCGAGAUCUUAAAAAGUUCGGAAAACAAGUCCAGAUCGCCAAGUUACAGCAGAGACAGAAGGAGAAGAGGGAAACGCUGGAUAAGAUCAACAGUUUGAAGAGAAAGCGCAAAGCGAGUGACGGCGCCCCGACCGAAGAACCAGAUCUUUUCGAUGUCGCCCUAGAAGAUGCGGGCAAAUCUCAUUCUCAUGGUGGAGCCAAUAAAGCGACAAAGAAAGGAUCAGAAGUUUGGUUUCGGAGGCAAGAAACCGAUUCGCGAAGAGUGGAGACGCCGUUUCCAGUGGCGAUCUAA